AUGUUCGAUAAUAUUCCCUUGGCACCCGCUGAUCCCUUGCUGGAUCUUAAGAAGGCUGUAGAUAGCGACAGCAGUCCUCAUAAGGUCAACCUGGGUAUAGGGAUCUACCAAAACGAUGAAGGGCAGAUUCAUGAGCCCUACUGCGCAAAGGAGAAACUUUCCUUCGAGGACCCGGGUCACAAUUAUACCGCCUCCACUGGCAUUGACGAGUAUCUGGUGCACGCCGCCGAGCUUGUCUUUGGACCCAACAGUGAAACAUUAGCAUCGCAACGAGUCGCGUCUGUACAAACGAUUGCGGGCACAGGUGCAAUUCAUCUUGGGGCAUUGUUCUUGAGAAAAGUCGCCACCACACCGGGUCAGAAAGUAUACGUGGGAACACCCACGUGGGGGAACCAUGAACCGUUAUUUAAGUUGGUGGCGACUCAUCUCGAGAAGUACAAUUAUUACGAUAGAGACGAGCGUGGGGUAGAUCUCAGAAGCUGUUUAGCUGCCAUCCGGGCGGCCCCUGAAAAAAGCAUCUUUAUUUUUCAAGUCUGCUGCCAUAAUCCUACAGGAGCGGACUUUUCGUCUCCGCAAUGGCAGCUUAUUGCCGACGAGAUGAAGAAGCGAAAUCAUGUUCCAAUGUUCGAUUUUGCAUACCAGGGCCUAGGUAGUGGCGAGAACGAGGAUGCGUAUCCAAUUCGGCUGUUUGCAGCACAGGGAUUUGAGAUGCUCGUGUGUCAGUCAUUCUCCAAAAAUUUUGGCCUGUAUUCUGAGCGAGUCGGAAUCUUGCACGUUGUUACCAGGAGUCGAAAAGCAGCUCAGUGCACCCUCAGCCAGCUUCAGCGCUUGAUCCGUGCAGAGUUUUCCUCGUCACCCGCGUAUGGAGCGCGCCUGGUGAAUACCAUACUAAAGGACCAGAUGCUGCGGCAAACAUGGGUCGCGGAGCUCGACCUGAUGAGGUCAAGGUUGCAACAUAAUCGUCUACGCCUUUACGAGUCAUUCCAAGUUUUAGAGAUGCUGUGUCGACCCGGGCAUGUCCCAGCGAAGUUUAACGGACGGGGAUGCAUGAUUCGCGUCAACGUUCGCACCGAUAAGCGCCUCUGGAAACAGCUGGAUGAGGUUAAGCGCAAGGCCCGCGAGCAGUUGAAGUAUCUGGAACAAUAUGCGCUCGACUAUCAACGGUCUAUGAGUGGCAUUUUUGCGGAGCAGCCGGUUGAUGGGACGAUUGUCAUCACGUCUCCGGUCUUGUCUAACUCGAGGGUUCCGAGAGAGUGUUGA